AGUUUUUGUGUGCAGUUUAUCUCCUACUUCCUUGCAACGGGAGCAGCAGCAAGUUUUGGGAUGACACAUGAUUUGAAGCAACUUCAAAACGGUGACGACACACUGAACAAAUUUCUGGGCAUUGCAAAUGCUGCGGCCAGCCUUUGCCUUUUGGGAUUCAUUUUCGCUGCUGUUUCCUCAGUUUUCUCAUCUUAUGCUCUUCCCAAGAGAGCUUGAUUUUAAAAAAAAAA